ACUGCCGUUUACCCGCUAUCGAACCAUAUGAUCUCGUUCUCUUUGUCCAUUCAAUCAAUCACUAAGGUGGACUCUCCCUUGCAUAUACUGCGGGCGCCAACGCGAUGUCAUUCCUGCUUCCCUUGAUCGACUCUCAGCUCAAUCACGGAACCUUCUUGUCCGAUAGGAACACAGCCUAAGAGAUAUUGAGGCUUGGCAGACAAUGCGGCCUCUUCAGGUGUGCAUGACAUAGUAGGCCAUCACCAUGAUCAGAAGACUCAGAUUGGAACACCGCUGGUCUAGCGACACAACGCCGGAAAGCAGACAGCAUCUACCGCAGCGAUUAUGGUUGAUCUUCAGCAGCAGUAUCGUCAUCUCACACCAGGCCCCCUCCCUUGCCCCUCAUCCAGGUCUGUGCGACUACCAUCUCUCUUUGUUCGGCUCGCGCCCCCGCGAUGUAAUCCUCGUGUGGUUCGAGCUAUCAAGGUGUUCGCAACUGCGCCAACAAGCGGCUUACAACUACCCGCAAUACGAAGACGCAUGGCAAGCAGGGAGUCGACAAGAAUCACUAGGUUGACUUUGAAGCAUGAGGCUGGAAAAUGCAAGCAAUGCGUUCCCUUCCUCCAAUCCGGCACCUCCGAGGAUAUUGCACAUAAGAAUAGGAGUGUGAAUCAAUCAGCCAUUGAGCAGCUAAGGUGUUAUUACUCAAGUCAAGCCAGUCCGGAGAGUUCGUAUGCACAAAGCCUAGUCGUAUGCUUUUGAAUGUGUUUUCAGAUUGGCAUGUCCCGGAAUUGAAAAGGAAUCUCGCCGUUCGAUAAACUUGUGCACUUGAGCAAGACUAACUAACAUAAGGCUGGUAGCCAAGACCCGCCUUGCUCCACUUAGAACUCUGGAUGCCAAGAACUGGAAGAAAAUUCGUCGAACCCCAACAGGAGCCGAGGGAAGGAAGCAGCCUGAGAAGCCGGAAAAAAAAUAUAAAAA